AUCAAAUUUCUAUAUUUUAUAUUUCUUUCGCACGUAUCUGAUUUUUCAAUUUUUAAACUUACUUCUAUAGGAGUGUUGUAAAGUUUACUAUUUUCUAAAUUAUAACGUUUAAUUAACAAUUUAAUGUACUUAGUUUGGUUCAAUUCCAUUUUAUAUGUACUGUGCUCAUAUUCAACAGUAAUACCCCAAGGUACUCUUUAAUUUUCGUUUUAUAUGUAUUUCACAUUAAAGUUUUAAUUUUUUGAUUUCAAUUUCAUUUUGGCCACAAAGUCAGUAAGUCAUCCACAAAAAUUAAUAAAUAAAUGAUUUCAUUUCCGUCUACAUAAGUAUAUAAACAAUUUACAACAAAAUUACUACUUGCAAAUCUUGCCUACAGUCUAUUCAGUCUAUUAGAAACCUUAUUUGAAUCAUUUUCAUAACCUGUUGGUUGAAAAAUAUAAACUUUAUUUUUCCAUUUAAAAAAGCUGUUUCAACAUCCAUUUGCUCUAUAUUUAAACCCAUUUGACAACAUGAUAGAUGAGAGGGUAUGAUUAUGGGCUAGGCCUGGAAUAUGGGCUACAAAGUUAUUUCUGAUACACCUGUAGACAUCUAUUGGUAAACUUGUCAGUUACAUUUGCUUUAAUAUUCGUAACCGCCUUAGAAGUGACUGGAUUCUUGUUUUCAUAAGCGCAGUUUUGAUUCUGUGCUGUUCAGUAUCUAGCUGGGAUGUUUAUAAAUUCUGCAGUUUUGGAGAUUUCGGGUUGAAAGUAAGUGGCUUUUGCGGUUAAUUUUUAUUUUUAACGAUCAAGAUGCAGCAAAAGAAUGCCGUGCAAAAUAGUUUUGAUAUCUUCCAAUGUGAGCACCAAGAAACAAAAGACGUGGGAUACAGAGGAUAUGAAAAUGGCUGUUCAAGUAGUAAGAGAGAAAAGUAUGGGUACCUUGUCAGAAAGAAAUAGCAUAAAGCAUCCAUUUGGAAAAACAAAAGCAGCAGAAAACCUACUGGGACAUCUAUCGUUCGCGCCAAAGGGUUUAAUACUUUUGGAAGCAGAGUAUGAAAAACACAACUUUCCAGCUAAUCGUGUGUUUAAUGUGGAUGAGACUGACCUUACUGUGGUUGAAAACAAGGUCGCUGAUGUAGUCGUUUGUAAGGGUAAAAGACAAAUUGCCUCUUUAACCUCCAUGGACAGAGGCUCUUUAAUCACUUUGAUAGUUCAACUAAUGAGAGGCUCCCCUCCAGGAUCCAUAUCAGCAUCACCCUAGUGGGUUUACGUCAUUCGCCCAGUGGUUCAGACAUUUCAUCGACACGGUCAACUGUCUGCAUCUUUGAAUGUUCUAGUUUUAGAUGGACAUUACAGUCAUACUCGUAAUUUAGACGUCGUUAAUAUGGCGAGAGAAUAUCAUGUUGUGAUAAUCUUAUUACCCCCUCAUUCAACCCACAAACUACAACCCCUUGACAAAACUUUCAUGGGUGCGUUAAAGGCUUACUACAGGGAGGAGAUUCGACAAUGCUAAGAAAAAUAUUCUCACCUUUUGACAUCUCACUAGUACCGAUAUCUUAAAAGAAAAGGUACAAAUAGGGAUAGGAAAGCAUCGCAAGCAGUGGUAAUUACUUCGUUCCCUUACAAAAACGAAUUAUUGUUGAGCACUGCCAAUAAAACCACACAAAAUAUUAAACCAGGUAAAAGAAAGGUUUUUUUCUCAAUCAACAGAAAAGAUAUUGUACAAAACAUUGAAUAAUAGAAAGCGGCAAUCAAAGGAAGAUUCUGAAAGUGAAGAUGAUGAAACGCAAUUUAUCCCAGCCGAUGAAGACGUCGAUAUUGAUGAUAUGCCUGGAUAAAAGAAGCCAGAUGAUUUAGAUGCAGAAUCCAUAGUUUGUGAAAGCAAAUUUUCUGAAGACCGCAAAAGUGAGGUCUGGAUUCCAUGUUUAAUGUGUAAUUUGUGGUGUCAUGUCGACUGCACAGGCGCUGAUAGAAACGAUAUCUGUGACUUUUUCGCACUGAAUAAUAUUGUCUUAUUUUGGUUAAGUGGUGUGUUUUUUUUAAUCGUUACACAUGAAUAAAACAGUUGAGUUAAUAUUUGUAGGUAUUUUCUGUAGUAGCCCAUAUUUGUAACACUUUCUCAUUGAUUGAUAAAAACAUUCUUUCGUGAAAAUUCGAAUAACUGUCAGUAUAACUUAUGUAAGUUUCUACUUGGUUGGCAAGCAAAUAAAAAACGUGAUAUACACCAAAAAUAUGUCAAAUAAACCAAAUGGUAGCCCAUAUUUGUACCAUAAAUGUUAUCAGUUUACUGAAAACCUCUGACUAUUAACCUAGCUUUAAAACUAUUAUCAGACUUUCUCGUAUAAACCCAUUUAACAUCUAAAACUAUGUAUGUAUUAUUAACCCU